UGCAGCCUGCGCCUCGGCGGGCGGCGUGCGUGUCCUGCCCGCGCGGCCGGAACGGGCUCUUCGAGGGAUCGCGUCACAUGACUCCGCCUGCCCCUCGCAGCGCGCAGAUCGCCGCUCCCCCAGUGUGCCCGGCGCCGGGGGAGGGUCGGGCGGCAUCUCCCGGGCCUGGGGCUCUGCGGCGGCGGCGCGGAGAAGCGGUCCCAGCGGGUGGGGAGCGGCACAUCUGGAUUGGCGAAGCCGCGGCCCGGCGCCAGAUCUCGGAGCGUAGCCAUCUGGGGGGAGGGGACAGCGAGGGGGAGCGAGCGAGCGCCGGAGAGAGGCGGCAGCGCGGCGCGCACCGACCGGGGGCUGCGGGGUGCCGCGCGGAGAAGAUGUAAGCCCUGGGGUCUCGCAGCCUCCCAGCACCAUGCAGAAGGGCAUCCGGCUGAACGAUGGCCACGUCGCGUCCCUGGGGCUGCUGGCGCGCAAGGACGGCACGCGCAAGGGCUACCUGAGCAAGCGGAGUUCGGACAACACAAAAUGGCAAACCAAGUGGUUCGCGCUGCUGCAGAACCUGCUCUUCUACUUCGAGAGCGACUCGAGCUCGCGGCCCUCGGGGCUCUACCUGCUGGAGGGCUGCGUCUGCGACCGCGCGCCCUCCCCCAAGCCGGCGCUCUCGGCCAAGGAGCCGCUGGAGAAACAGCACUACUUCACCGUGAACUUCAGCCACGAGAACCAGAAGGCGCUGGAGCUGCGGACUGAGGAUGCCAAGGACUGUGACGAGUGGGUGGCGGCCAUCGCGCACGCCAGCUACCGGGCGCUGGCCACCGAGCACGAGGCCCUGAAGCAGAAGUACCUGCACCUGCUGCAGAUCGUGGAGACCGAGAAGACCGUGGCCAAGCAGCUGCGGCAGCAGAUCGAGGACGGAGAGAUCGAGAUCGAGCGGCUAAAGGGGGAGAUCUCGUCCCUGCUCAAGGACAACGAGCGCAUCCAGUCCACCCAGACCGUCGCCCCCAGCGACGAGGACAGCGACAUCAAGAAAAUCAAGAAGGUGCAGAGCUUCCUGCGGGGCUGGCUGUGCCGGCGCAAGUGGAAGACGGUGAUCCAGGACUACAUCCGGUCCCCGCACGCCGACAGCAUGCGCAAGCGCAACCAGGUGGUGUUCAGCAUGCUGGAGGCCGAGGCCGAGUACGUGCAGCAGCUGCACAUCCUGGUGAACAACUUCCUGCGCCCGCUGCGCAUGGCCGCCAGCUCCAAGAAGCCGCCCAUCACCCACGACGACGUCAGCAGCAUCUUCCUCAACAGCGAAACCAUCAUGUUCCUGCACCAGAUCUUCUACCAGGGCCUGAAGGCCCGGAUCUCCAGCUGGCCCACGCUGGUCCUGGCCGACCUGUUCGACAUCCUGCUGCCCAUGCUGAACAUCUACCAGGAGUUCGUGCGCAACCACCAGUACAGCCUGCAGAUCCUGGCGCACUGCAAGCAGAACCGCGACUUCGACAAGCUGCUCAAGCACUACGAGGCCAAGCCUGACUGCGAGGAGAGGACGCUGGAGACCUUCCUCACCUACCCCAUGUUCCAGGUGCAGCCCCGCCCCGCCUGCCGGGUGGGGGGGACAGGGAAGGAGGCCCAGCUCGGGGCUGCACGGCUCGGGGUGAUGCACGACGAGGUCAGCGAGACGGAGAACCAUCCGCGAAAGACCUGGCCCAUCAGCGCAGCAUCACCGAGCGGCUGCCCGAAGAUCCUGCUGGACACCAGCCAGACCUUCGUGCACAUACGUGCUCACGCACACACGUGCACACACACAUUCAGGCUCCACGCACUGCGGGAAGCUCAGCUCCUGCUCACGUGCCCGCGCGGCCUCCUCUGUGGACCGACCUGCGGGCCCUCCUCCCGCCCUGGGCUCUGCGGCCGUGAAAACCCCGCCAGCCCCCCAGCCCAGCCUUCAUCCUCAUCCUCACCACACGCGCCCGGCCCGGUGGGGCUUCUCUGGGCGCCCGUCCCCGCCCCCGGCGUCUCCCUCGCGCCCGCCCGGCAGGGGCGCCCGGAGGGGCGGCUCAGCCUCCGACCUCCCGCAGGCUCCCUGAUCCAGGUGCCCAUGUCCGAGAAGGGCAAGAUCACGCGCGGGCGCCUGGGGUCGCUGUCGCUGAGGAAGGAGGGCGAGCGGCAGUGCUUCCUGUUCUCCAAGCACCUCAUCGUCUGCACCCGCGGCUCGGGCGGGAAGCUGCACCUGACCAAGAACGGGGUGAUCUCGCUCAUCGACUGCACACUGCUGGAGGAGGCCGAGAGCACAGAGGAGGAGGCCAAGGGAGCCGGCCAGGACGUGGACCACCUGGACUUCAAGAUCGGCGUGGAGCCCAAGGACUCACCGCCCUUCACGGUCAUCCUGGUGGCCUCGUCCCGGCAGGAGAAGGCGGCCUGGACCAGCGACAUCAGCCAGUGUGUGGACAACAUCCGCUGCAACGGGCUCAUGAUGAACGCAUUCGAGGAGAACUCCAAGGUCACCGUGCCCCAGAUGAUCAAGUCCGACGCCUCCCUGUACUGCGACGACGUGGACAUCCGCUUCAGCAAGACCAUGAACUCCUGCAAGGUGCUGCAGAUCCGCUACGCCAGCGUGGAGCGGCUGCUCGAGCGGCUGACCGACCUGCGCUUCCUGAGCAUCGACUUCCUCAACACCUUCCUGCACUCCUACCGCGUCUUCACCACCGCCGUGGUGGUGCUGGACAAGCUCAUCACCAUCUACAAGAAGCCCAUCAGCGCCAUCCCCGCCAGGUCGCUGGAGCUGCUGUUCGCCAGCGGCCAGAACAACAAGCUCCUGUACGGGGAGCCCCCCAAGUCCCCGCGCGCCACGCGCAAGUUCUCCUCGCCGCCGCCGCUGUCCCUCGCCAAGACGUCGUCGCCCAGCCGCCGGCGCAAGCUCUCGCUGAACAUCCCCAUCAUCACGGGCGGGAAGGCGCUGGACCUGGCCGCGCUCAGCUGCAGCUCCAACGGCUACGCCGGCGUCUACUCGGCCAUGUCGCCCUUCGGCAAGGCCGCGCUGGACACCAGUAAACUCUACGUGUCCGGCGGCUUCGCCAGCAAGAUUCCCGACGAGGGCGACGCCGCGCCUGAGAAGCCCGAGGACCCCGCGGCGCCCGGCAAGCCGAGCUCAGAAGUCUCCGUGAGGGAAGAAUCGGACACCGAUCAAAACCAGAGUGACGACGGUGAUGCUGAAACGUCACCCACCAAGUCCCCCACGACACCAAAGUCCGUCAGAAGCAAAAACUCUUCAGGUGGGUCCCCGACGCCGGGGAGGGCUGGGGCGCAUCGAGUAGAAGCAGGAGGGGUGUCCCCGGCACGCCGCGGGGGUGACCCCAGAGAGCAGCGGCCAAGCUCCCGCUUUCUCCUACAACAACGCGUGGUCAUGACCUCGCCGCGAGCUGGAGCAGCAACCGCAGUGCCUUGUCGGCCCGCUCUCGCCUUCGCCAUCGCCACCGCGCGGAGCCAACGAUGGGCGGUCCCCAACAAGGAGAAGUACCGGCGCAUGGUCGCUGGCCAAGCGCAAGGUCGUGGCGCGGCCGUCGAGGCAGCCCCCGCUGUGGCAGGUGACGGCAAGCGGCCACGUCUCCGGCCACGCCCUGCCCUCGGUCUGCCACCCACCGCACCCCAAACUCUCUUCCUCCAGCAGCCUUGGGGACCCCCUGCCGGGCUGGAGUGGGCCCCCCCCCAGAGCUCUGGUCGGUCCCUGGGGAGGCCGCGUGGCCCUGCGCCCCGUUGGGGAGGCCCUGACGGCUGGAACACGCGGGGGAGGCAGGCGUGGACCGCGCCCACAGGGAGCGCGUGGUGUCUGCGCUACGGCUCCGAAGCUGGGGUUCCGCCCUGCCGUGGGCGCCAGGACCAGCCCAGCUCGGCCGGAUCCCAGACCGGGGUCACGCACGGUUUCUUCCGCUCACGUGUCCUCUGUCCCCUCUGCCCUGCACCGCCAGGGUUCCCGCCCGACCAGAGGAACGGAGACAAGGAGUUUGUGAUCCGCAGGGCGGCCACCAACCGCGUCCUGAACGUGCUGCGCCACUGGGUCUCCAAGCACUCGCAGGACUUUGAGACCAAUGAUGAGCUCAAGUGCAAGGUCAUCAGCUUCCUGGAGGAGGUGAUGCAUGACCCCGAGCUCCUGACCCAGGAGCGCAAGGCGGCCGCCAACAUCAUCAGGACCCUGACCCAGGAGGACCCCGGUGACAGCCAGAUCACGCUGGAGGAGAUUGUGCAGAUGGCGGACGGCGUCAGGCCCGAGCCCUUCGAGAGCCACUCGGCCCUGGAGAUCGCGGAGCAGCUGACCCUGCUGGACCACCUGGUCUUCAGGAGGAUCCCCUACGAGGAGUUUUUCGGGCAGGGCUGGAUGAAGCUGGAGAAGAACGAGAGGACCCCGUACAUCAUGAAGACCACCAAGCACUUCAAUGACAUCAGUAACUUGAUCGCCUCCGAAAUCGUCCGCAACGAGGACGUCAACGCCAGGGCGAGCGCCAUCGAGAAGUGGGUGGCCGUGGCCGACAUCUGCCGCUGCCUGCACAACUACAACGCCGUGCUGCAGAUCACCUCCUCCAUGAACCGCAGCGCCAUCUUCCGGCUCAAGAAGACGUGGCUCAAAGUCUCCAAGCAGACCAAAGCUCUCAUUGAUAAGCUCCAAAAGCUGGUGUCGUCAGAGGGCAGAUUUAAGAACCUCAGAGAAGCUCUGAAAAAUUGUGACCCGCCCUGUGUCCCCUACCUGGGCAUGUACCUCACCGACCUGGCCUUCAUCGAGGAGGGCACGCCCAACUACACGGAGGACGGCCUGGUCAACUUCUCCAAGAUGAGGAUGAUAUCCCACAUCAUCCGCGAGAUCCGGCAGUUCCAGCAGACGGCCUACAAGAUAGAGCACCAGGCCAAGGUGACCCAGUACCUGCUGGACCAGUCCUUCGUGAUGGACGAAGAGAGCCUCUACGAGUCUUCGCUCCGCAUCGAACCAAAACUCCCCACCUGAGGCCGGGCCGGCCCCCUGGGCGCCACGCGUGACGCUGUACAUACUCGUUUGGUCCCUCCGGGUCUUCUCCUUCCGUACCUGCUUCUCCAAGAACACACCUCCGUUCUCCCCCCCAGACUCCCGUAGAACGGGAACGUGGUCUCUGCACACCCGAGGCCCUGCCCGCCCGCCCACCCGGCCCGCCGUCUCCCUCGACGCCCGGCUCCUCCGUCCAUUCCGACAGACAGCCGCGCCUUCGCCCGCCCUCCCCGAAACCGCUGGCUCCCGCCUCCCGGGAGGCGGCCGGGGCCGGGCCCUGCACCGCCCGGGACCUGGGUGCCCACCUGCUUCCGCCCGCCGUCCUGCCCCGCCCGGGCCCUGGGUCCAGUUGGCCGCCCAGGCGUCGUCCUCCCAGCAUGCUCCACGUCGCCGCUGCACCUGGGUGGGGGGUGGGAGGGGGGACGGCACCGAGCCCCGACGUCCGGUCACUGGCCGGUCUUCCCUCGGACGGUGACUCCAGUCUCCAAAGCAGCUUUUUCAGCCAAAAUUGUGCCGGCCUCGGAACUCCCCGUCUGUCUCCGGCCACCCGGAUGGAAGGGAGUCCUCCCCGCCCAGGUGGGUCCCGGCCCAGGCGGCCCCCCGCUCCCUGCUCUAGGACUAACCCCAGGCAGCAUGACCAGCACUCUCACGCUGACGCCGCCACCGGACCAGGCCCCAGGACUUUCCCGGGGACAACCGAGUCGCCGGAGCACCGCGCCUCGCUGAGGUCCACCCGAGGCCCGGCGCUCGCUGGAAGUCUGGGACACAGAGACGGCUCGUUCCCUCUGGGAGCCGAGGGGCAGCCGCUGCAAGCUUACCUGUGGAGAUGCUCUGAGUCUGCCCACCCCGUGAGAAAACCGGCCCCGCACCCUAGCGUUAGGGCACCAGCCACCCAGUGUCCCUGCUGCGCACACUGCAGUCUGUCCGAGCUCCUCCCGGCGGGAACGGGGCGCCCCAGCGCUUCCUCCGUGAACGCCGCCACUUAUUUUUUUACACCGUGCAGGGUAGAGAACACACGGCUAGCUCCCACGUGGCAGGCAUGCUCCACUGCACAGACGGAAACUCUUGCUGUAAGCAAUACCUAGUGGUAUGAGAAUUCUUAUUCCAAGCCCUAAACUAUUUCGACGUACAGCUCGUUUGGGAAAAAAAAAAAAAAAAGACAGAAAGAAAUUUCCAUUUUUGUAAAAAUAUAUGUUUCCUGAUUACCUCUUGCUAAUAAAUCUAUUCUAUCUCAGGGUGAA